GAUAUGUGAAGCAUGUCUGUGUUAUCGGUCUACCUUUGUGUAGGAUCGGCGACCAGUAUGACGGCGGGAAUGCACUGCUGCUGCACGAAGUCCUCACACGACUACCCAAUGUCGCGAAUUACAGCUGGACAAUGUCGAUCUUGAUGUCCACCUCCCCUUGGACUAUACUACAGAUAUGGGGGUAGCACUCCGACCGUUCUCCCACCUCUUUCCAUUCCCCAACCUUAGAACGCUGCACCUCUCUUCGGUCAUGGUCCAUUCCAUCCACGACAUCACGCGCUUGAUAGCGGCAUUCCCCCAUCUCUCUGUCCUGGUCAUAGAUCGGGCACUCUGGUGGCAAGAUAAUUCCUCCGCCCCAUUGGGGCAUGUAGAGCUCGAGGCGCACAGCUUACUCUGCAGAAUCUCAGCCGUUUAUCAGUGUUCACGGUGCCAAGUCCCAUGGACUGUUGCGGCGAAUACAGAGGUUCCCUGCGUUACAGGCAACCGACAGUUCGGCUGGACGACGUACGUGGCAGACGAGAAGCGGCUCCUCUUGGGCCUGCUGCGUGAUUCUGCGCCGAGCAUCAAGGUCUUGGAUCUCGUCACUAGAUACGACAGUAAUCUGUUCUCGGACCUUGACGGCGCCCAGUAUGUACAUGUCCGCGACCUCAAUCUCAUGCUCGCCGCAUCCUCCCAUGACCUCGAUGCCUUCUGCCCCUCACUCCCCCCGUUCCUCACGCAACUCGAUGCUACACACCUGCGCUCCCUUACGCUCGGCUUCAGCCUCUUCCGCCCGACGAACAUGUACUGGACGUUCGUUGACUGGGCUGUGCUGGACGACGCGCUUGUCCAGCUGCACGCACGCAACCCGCGCUGACGGUCAUGUUCCGCAUCGCGUUCGUCCCCGCGACGGACCUUUCGGAAAACAUUUCGACAGACGUCGCGGGCCCGCUCGUCGGAUUCUUACCCCGUACGCUGGGCACGACUCUGAUGCGGAUUGGUGUGAGGUGUGACUUGUUCGAAAAAAUGGCAGGCCCCCUCCGU